AUGUUAAGAAAUAUAUAAUAAAGUGUGGUAAUUAUAAAACAAUAAAUUUUAGUAUAACAAAGUCAGAGACUAUACUAAUCCAUUUAAUUUACUUAUUCCUUGGUUGAAUGCAAUUUUUAAAAAAUAUAUGGGAAAUUUCUUUAAUGAAGAGAUUAAUAAAGAAUAAUUCACAUCUAUGGGAUUAAAAAAGUUAACUCUUAAAGUGAGUUCUCUAAAUUAAUAAAUGGCACCUAGUAUUCCCUUUGUUUUAGAAUCAGGAUAGAUUUCUCUUUUAAAAUUAGAUUUACAUAAAUUAACAUGUCUAAUAGAGGAGGUGGAAUUAACUUUAAAUUUCAAGACGAUUGAAUAAUAUCGGUUAUUUGUGUAAACCUAUACAAAAUAAAAGAUGACAGCAGAUAAACUUUAGAAAAUUAAAGAUGAAAUCAUUAAAGCAUAUAAAGUUAAAAGUGAGACAUCAAAUAAUGUAAAUUAGAAUGCAUGGAAUAUAAUUAGAUAGUUUUUAUAAAAAAUAACAUUUACAGUUAAUAAAUUGGUUUUACAUAUUGUAGAACCAAUCCACAAUGAUAAAAUAUCUUUGGCAAUCAACUAAAUUAGUAUGAGAGUUAGAAAACUAUAGGAAGAAAAAGAUUAAAUGGUCAGUACUAUGAUUAUUGGUGGUUGUUCACUUCAUAUUAAUGAAUAAAAUUAAUUGUUUGAUGUAAACAAUUUUUAAAAAGAAUCUUGUAUAUUUAGUUUAUAAUAACAAUAUACUAAUAAGUAUGAUUAACAUGUUGUUAUUCAUUUAAAAACUGAAUUAAAGGAAAGGUUAAAAUUUAAUAGUACACUUUGUAUAAGAUUGAUGUAAAUGAACUUUAAUUAUAAAUAAUUUUAGAUAGCAUUAAGAAUUAUAAUGAGUAUUUUGGAUCAUAAUAAAUUUAUUUAAUCUCAAGAUAAAAUAAUCAUUGAAUCUAUUAAAUAAGAAACUCCAUAAUUUUAAUUUACAUGGUGUGAAUCAUAAAUUAAUAUUAAUUAUUGUGAUUAGAUAGGAGAACUUAAAUAGGAUGAUGUUGAAAGUAAAUCAUUAAGUGAAGAAGAUAUGGUUGAAUUUAAUGAGGAUUUAGAAUAAGCUUUAGAGAAAAGUUAAUUUAAUGAAGAAGAAGGUGAUCAACAAUUUGAGGAAUCUUAGAUUGAAGGAUUAAAUUAAUCUGUUCUAAAUUAAUCUAAUCUUGGUGAUUUAAAUCAAAGUACAUUAAAAUAAUCAAUUUUCUCAAUGUCUGUUUUUAAAGAAUUGAUAAAUGAUGAAGAUGAUAAAUAAGGUUUAGAAGAAUUGGAUGAUUGUUAAUUAAUUUUUAAAUUGAAAAUCUAGAAAAUAAGAUUUAGAUUAUCAAGAGAUAACAUAAUUGAUAAAUGGAAUAUAGAUAAAUUAAAAAAGACUAAUUAUUAUGAAUUAGAAUUAGAUUAAUUAAAUUGGUUGAUGACAAAAGAAAUAACUUAAUAAUAAAUAACAACUGUUAAAUAAACAAAAAUUGAGAUUCCAAUUAUUUAAGUCUUUCAUUAUGAAUAUUGUAAUAUAUUCCCUGAAUAAAAAGUUGAAGAAUAAAAUAAUAAAGAAGAUGAUGAUAAUCAAGACAUAUUUAAGAGUAUAAAUGAGGAUUUUCCUAAUAAUUCUUAGGCUUAAGAAAAUUAAAUGUUUCAUUCUUGCUAUAAUUUAAGUUAAAAUGAUGUCUUAGAUAAGAUAACUCAAAUGAAGAAUGAAUUUAUUAAGGAAUAAGGAAAUUAUUAUUAUAAAAAGAAGUGUUUGAUCAGCAUUUAUGAUGGCGUAAAAGAUGAAAAACCAUUAAUCACAAAAGUAGAUAAUCAAUUCAUAUAUUCAAAUAAUAAAAUUAUAUCUCAUGGUAAUGGUUUAUAGAUUUAAAUGCAUCAUUUAAAUAAUUCUUAAGCAAUUUCUAUCAAAUAAAUUGAUAUUAAUGUAAAUAUAGAUGAAAUCAUGGAAUUUAUAUAAAUAUUUUAAAUAGAUUAUGAAAAAAAACAAAUCAAAAGUAUACCAAAUUUAAAUCUUAUAACAAUCCAUUAAAUUUAAUUUGAUGUUUAGAUACAAGAGGCAGAUUAUGUUGACUUCUAUUAUUUAUAAUAAAUCAUAAAGAAUGAUCCCAAUAGUAGCAGUAUCAUACAUUAAUAAUAAAAAAUAUCCUUUUUCACAUUUGAUAUAAUCGAUCUUUAAAUAUAAUAGUCUAGUUCUGGUUUCAUUACUUUUAAUUCAAUAACUUGUAUAAAGAAAGAAUACGAUAGAAUCAAAUCUAUAUUUCUUAAUGAAACUAUUGCUGAAAUAGGUGCAUAAGAACAUUCUUAAAUUUUAAUUAGACCUAUCAUAAAACUUAUGGAAACAAAAGAAAUACGAGUUGCAAUACCCAAAGUUGAGAUUUUCAUUAAUAUGUCUUACAUGGAAUAUGUAAAGACACUAUUUACAGUAAUUUAAGAUUUUUAGAAAAGAAUGUUAGCAAAGAGUAAAGAUUAAAAAGAAAAUAAAUAAAUAAUAAAAUUGCUCUUUGAUGAAAUAUUAAUUAAAAUUAAUUUAGAGUAAUAAACUAAUUCACAUUAAGCAAGAUUUAUUAUACAUGCAUCUAAAUUGGCUGCAGAAAUUAUAGGUAAAGAUGAGGUUAUGCUUACAUUAUAUAAUUGUUUGAUCAUUGAUACUAAUUGGAAUUCCAAAAAGCCAAAACAAGAUAUCCCAAUAUAUGGUAGUCCCAAUGAUAUAAAAACAGAAUAACCACAUUAAAUAUUACAUUUUAGAAAAUAAAAAUAUUAAGCUAAUCAAGUUUUAAUUUAUAAAUAAGAGAGAUUCAACAGAGAAGGAUUCAAAAGUCUUGUUUAAAAUGAAACAAUCAAAUCUGAACCAAAUAUGGCUUUCUAAUAUACUACUAUCAAAUUAAAGGCUAAUAAAUACUUAAAUCCAGAUUGUUUAGAUGCUUUAUAUGGAAAAACUAAUUUACUUUCAUUAAAAUUUAAUAAAAAUAAGAAAAUUUAAAUUCAAUAUUAACAUGGAAUAAUUCAAGUAGAUGAAUAAUGGAUUAAUACAAUAACAACUAUCUUAGAUUUAGCUAAAAAAUGGGAAUAAACUUUAAUACAAUAAAAGAAUAAUACAAACCAAACCAAACCUAUCCCAAAUUUUACAUUGAAUGUUUAAAAUAUAUGGUUAAAUUACCUACCAACAUAUAGAAAGUCUACAUUGUUGAAAUAAUAUUUAUAGAAAAAAGAACCAAUUAAAUCAUUAAUUGCAAUAUAAUCUGAAUAAUUAUAUUAUUCUUGGAUCCGAGUUCUAAUUAGAAUUAAGAGUGCUACAGUAUCAAGUGAUUUAUAAGCACAUUUGAGUUCCGCAUAAAUAUAUGUUAAAAGUACAUCCAAGGAUAUUAAACAUGCUAAUUUGAGUUUCUUAAAUCCCAUAUUAAUGGUUCCACCUUAAAUUGGACUUUUUGAUGAAAAUAGAAAAUUUUCUGAUGGAUUUCAAAUAGAUAAGGAUGAAUAAGGUUUAUUGAGACUUCUAUGUUUCUAAAAAUUAUUUAAAAUCAAAGGAGUUACAGUCUCAGGAAAAACUAUAAAUAUUGGUUAAAUAACAGGAAAUCUCAAAAAAGAUUCAAUUAUUAGUCUAUGGGAUAUUACAUCAAUGACCAUAGACAGAAUAAAAAAGAUUAUUCCUGAAUAAGAAAAUGAAAAAUAAAUAUAGGUUUUGCAAGAAGGUCAUUAAUACAAUCCUACUGAAAAUAUAAAUAUAUUUGAAGAUGAUGAAAUUGAGUUACCACCAAAAGAAAAUAUUUCUCAUCAAAAAUAAUUUGAGAUAGUUCUUAAGAGUCUUGAAAUAAAAUUAACUGUUGGUUAACAUUUCCCACCUGAAGUAUUUAGUGAUAAUAAUCCUAUUAACACAGAAUGUUAAUUACAUAAUUAAGAAUAAUAUUACCUUGAACACUCAAAUUUAUUAUAAAUAGAGGAGUUUCCACAAAUAAAUGAUUAAUAAUGUAGUUCUAUUAUUUUGAGUAUGAAAGAUUUAAAAUUAGUAUGUUGUGGACCAUCAUAACAAGAAAUCAAUCAAUUUUAUUUAACUUUAUUACAUUUUCAAAUAACAGAUAGAAUCUAAAAUUCCAAAUUUUCUAAAUUGAUUGGUAAAGAACCUAAUCAUGAAGAAUUGAAUUUUGCAGAGGUCUUCUAUCAAAUUGAUAAAACAAAUAAUAUUAUUGAUUUAGAAGCUAAAAUUGUUCCAAUAAGAAUUUGUAUCUCUGGAGCUGCAUUAGAAUUUUUAUUAGAUACUAUAAAUAGUAAUGAAUAAUUGAGUCCAAAAAUUGACUUAUUGAGUAAAUUAAAUAUAGGAAAUGAUAAAGAGUCUAUUAUUGAAUUCUGUGUACAGGAAGGUUAUUAAGUGACUUUUUCUAGAAUAAGUGAAUUAAGUACUAAUAUUUAUUAUAUAGAAAAAUCAAUUAAAGUGAAUUUUUUGAAUAUAGAACGAAUAUAUUGCUAUAUAACAUUUGAUGGGAGUGGUGUAAAAUUAGAUGGAAAGUUAAAAGGAUUAGUUCGAUUGGCUUCGUAUGACAGUCUAUUUAUAUUUUUAAAGAGAGCUCAAAUACAUAAUUUAGUAUUUGAAAAUGAAAGAGAUUUGAUCAAGUUUAUGUUUGAAUAAUACUAAUAUCUCAUUAGAAAUGAUUCCUAAUUAGUUUAAAAAUUGAUUACUUCUUUUAAAGCAUUUUAAAAUAUAACCAAUAUAGUAUUGGGGUAGCAAUAAAAUAUUAUUUAGAAUUUAAACUAUGUUUAUGACAAUAAUAAAAUAAGGAUUAGUAACUGGAGUGUUUUCAGGAUCCAUUCCAUUAGCAAAGGCACUUGGAGAUGAAAUUGUAUAUUUGGCUAAGAAGCCUAUAGAAGUUUGUAGCACAAUGACAGAAGGAAUUGGAUUAAAAAUGGCGAACGUUGUGUUUAGUCCUAUUGAAAGAGUUUUAGACUAAUUUUCUACACUUGUAUUAAAUUUUUAAAUGAUAAUUAGACAACAAGUGAUAGAAUUCCAAGGGAGUUUUUUAAGAAAAAUAAUUUAAAUUAAUCUAAUUCAUGA